UAAGGCCGCCGUUUUGCUGCUUCGCUUUGCUCGAAGGUGAGCAAUGGCGUCUCUCCGCUUUCUAGGGUUUCGAGCAACCCCUUCGUCGUUCCUCCAUCAUCCAUCCCUUACCGCCAUUAGAGCUUCUCCUCUCCUCCUCUUCGCUUCCUCAUCCGACCGUAUUCUCACCGUCCAAUCCCCACCAGCAAUGCCCAAAGAGAAAUCCAUCUAUCCUUCCAACAAGAAGGUCGCCGACCCUGGUCUUCAUGGCUUUGAGGCCGUCAUUGGCAUCGAGACGCAUGUCCAGCUCUCCACCAUCACCAAGGCCUUCUGCUCUUGCCCUUACUCCUAUGGCGCUCAACCCAACACCACCAUUUGCCCUGUUUGCAUGGGUCUCCCUGGAACCCUCCCGGUUCUCAACUCAAAAGUCGUGGAAUUCGCCGUCAGGCUUGGUCUUGCUUUGAAUUGCAGCAUUUCCAUGAGUUCCAAGUUCGAUCGGAAACAGUACUUCUAUCCGGACCUUCCCAAAGGGUACCAGAUCUCGCAGUUCGAUGUUCCCAUUGCGAGUAGAGGCUUCGUUGAUGUUGAUCUUCCUGUGGAGUUUGGCGGUGGGCAUCGGAGGUUUGGGAUAACUAGGGUUCAUAUGGAAGAGGAUGCUGGAAAGCUCAUGCAUUCGGAUUCUGGGAGUUGCUCGCAAGUGGAUUUGAAUAGAGCUGGUGUGCCAUUGUUGGAGAUUGUCUCUGAGCCUGAUAUGAGGACUGGGAUUGAGGCUGCGGAGUAUGCGGCGGAGAUUCAGAGGAUGGUCAGGUAUUUGAGUGUUAGCAAUGGGAAUAUGCAGGAGGGUUCUCUUCGGUGCGACGUGAAUGUCUCUAUUCGGCCUGUUGGGCAGGUUGAGUUUGGCACAAAGGUAGAGAUUAAGAAUAUGAAUUCAUUUUCUGCAAUGAGCAGAGCUAUAGACUUUGAGAUCUCUAGGCAGGUGCUUCUCCAUAGUCAAGGUCAGAGUGAUCAAAUCGUACAAGAAACACGUCUUUGGGAAGAAGGAGCUCAGAAAACAGUUACAAUGCGAAAGAAGGAAGGGCUUGCUGAUUAUAGAUACUUUCCGGAACCUGACCUUCCUGAAGUGGUUCUCUCAGAAGAGUAUAUUGACCAGAUUCGCAAAUCUUUACCUGAACUUCCAGAAGCAAAGCGCAGACGCUAUGAGAAUAUGGGCCUCAGUAUGCAAGAUGUAUUAUUUCUCGCAAAUGAUAAUUAUGUAGCUGAUUUCUUUGAUGAUACCAUUAAAAAGGGGGCUGAUGCCAAGUUGGCUGCCAAUUGGAUUAUGGGUGAUAUUGCAGCUUAUCUGAAAAACGAGCGGCUGUCAAUAAAUGACAUCAAACUAUCACCCCAAGAGCUUGCCGAGCUGAUUGCUUCCAUAAAAAAUGGAACAAUUAGUGGGAAAAUUGGAAAGGAGAUUCUUGUGGAGCUAAUAACAAAAGGGGGAACCGUCAAGGCAGUGAUAGAAGAAAAGGAUUUAAUUCAGAUUGUUGAUCCAGCCGCAAUCGAAGCGCUGGUUGAUAAAGUUAUUACGGCAAACCCCAAGCAACUUCAGCAGUACCACGGAGGUAAAACAAAGUUACAAGGGUUCUUCGCCGGUCAGGUAAUGAAAGAAUCAAAGGGAAAAGCAAACCCAAUGCUUCUGAACAAAAUCCUUAUAGAAAAAUUGAAUGCCGAAAACUAAUGAACUCCAGAUCUCUUGAUGCAAACCUUUUCUAAUUUUAUUUGGUGAACCAAUCUCUUGUACUUUGUAUAAUUUAUAGAAAUAGAUUAACUAACUAUCCAUUUUUAUGCACAAAAUGUAAUCAAGACGCUAUUUUCCAUUGAUGGUUUAUUCUUCUUAUAAUGUAACAGAAAUAAACCUUUUGAAAUGAUAGUUACUAGUGCCACUAUGGUGAAUGGUGUUUAUAUUGA